CAGGCGCGACACAGAACAUGCACAUCCACAUGGUGACCAAUCACUCCAACAGCAGAAAGAAAAAUUCUUCUGGGGUGGAUGGCAGAUUUCUCUUGCGGAUACAAGGCUCCUUAGGUCCCUUUAUCCGGUAAGAAAUUUGAUAUACAUAGAACCCUUUCAUAUUGAUAUCUUUAGUGCAUCUACCGUUGGUCAUAGCAACGUCCAGGGAACAAACAACUACAAAUUAGUUACAAGUCCCACAAUGGUCUCGAAGUACAAAGAUGUGUUGAAGGGCGACCCCCCGGUUGCAACAAUAAUGAUUUGGCACUGCCCCAAGAUUCCCCUAUUUAUACCGUUUGACUCAGCAAAGAGAUGUAUCAUAAAGGUGAUCAUGCACGGGCCGGGCAACAAGCUUUUAGAGGAUGCUCUAGAUGCUAGUACCAGUUUAUUGCCUGAUUUUAUAUGUGACAUGGCUAGCUCACUGCACGUGUACGAUAAUUCGUACAUCGCUAGUAUCCCUGCACCUGCAGGAUGGGAAAAUCUAAGAUGGUGCCGGGUUGAGAGGUGCCCUAAGGUGCACACUGUCUUCAAUGUUUCCCAAGGCAGUAAAGUGCCCAGUUUUAGGAAUCUGGAGACACUAUGGAUAUCCGAGCUUCUCACAGCACGCUACAUUCUGGAUCGGGCAUGUUCUCUUUCGUACCUGAAGUUCUUACACCUGGAUUGUUGCCCCAUGUUGUUGCAUGUGCUCCCAGCCAACCAUUUAUACCCUUUUUGUUUGGAGACCCUUGAGAUAGUGUACUGUGGUGAUCUGAGGGAGAUCUUCCCUUUGAGCCUUAAGCUUCAAGAGUAUAACAAAGUUACAAAAUUACCUGAUCUGAGGAACAUCCACUUGCAUGAGCUCCCCAGUUUGCAGCGCAUCUGUGGGCGUAGGAUGUCUGCGCCUAACCUCGAGACCAUCAAGAUCAGGGGCUGCUGGAGCCUCAAGCGUCUGCCGGCCAUAGGACCCAACACCAAGCCACCCAAGGUGGACUGCGAGAAGGAAUGGUGGGACAACCUGGAGUGGGACGGGCUGGAGGAGAACCACCACCCUUCUCUCUAUCAGCUGAGCCACUCACUCUACCACAAAGCCCAGCUGCCAAGAGUAAGCAUACUAAGGUGAGGUAAUCCAUUCCUUCCGUGAAUUGUUCUUCAGGUUCCUUCAACCGACAUGCUUGUACGUUCACUCAUGUAGUGCUACCUACAUAAUCGAAGCUUCUUUCCCAUGUGCUGCUUGCCUGGCUUCAUAUUUGAUUGGUUUGCGGGUUCUCUACAUCUGCAUUGCCAUGCAUGGUGUGGCGAUGAACUUCCAGUUUGGCGUGGUUUUGUUUGGCUUGAUUUGAUUGUGUUUGAUCUUCCUUGCUCCAUACAUCGAAGUACUGGUCAUCUGGUUGCAUAUAUGAUGAUACAAGCUCUCGGGCAAAUGAGAAAUAAAACAUAGUGGGCAUUCAUCUUAUGCAGCAUGAGCCCCUGUGUGCUCGUGUUGCUGUCGUGCUCCCUUAUGUGUGGUUUUGUUUAUCAUCUUAUGAACAAUCAUAUGUUGGCUGAUUGUAGUUUAUAAGCAUCAAUCAUGAUUUUGUUUGUGGUAUUGUUUGUUGCGAUAUUAAUAGUCAUCUAUCCAGUGAUUGUAAUUUGUAAAUAUAAAU